AUGGCCGGUGAUUUUGCAUUUGGUAGUUACGAGUUUAAACACUAUAAUUUCACGACAAAAGGGCAUAGCAGAGUGCCUUCAACGGACUUACGCGAGUUCAAAGAAGUCACCCAAAGGGAUUCGUUGGUGCAACUCGACAAGGAAAUCGUAUCGCUGUUGGCAACCGUACCCGAGGACAAGAAGGAAUUGGCUCAGUCGCAGUUUACCGCAUUUUCCCGGCUGUUUCAACGAUUUCUGGAAGAAUCUGGACCGUCGGUCGACUGGGACCGCAUUGAAAAAUUACCCGCAGACGCAAUACGAGACUAUGAUGUAUUACCAAAGCCAGAUCCUGACGACAUUCAUAAAAAAUUGAAUAAACUCGUUGUUGUUAAGCUCAAUGGAGGUCUUGGGACUUCCAUGGGUUGCCGUGGUCCCAAAUCCAUUAUUCAAGUCAGAAACGAUCUUACUUUCCUCGACUUGACAGUACAACAAAUCGAACAUUUGAACAAAAAAUACAAUGUCAACGUACCAUUGGUUUUGAUGAAUUCUUUCAACACCGACAAAGACACUGAACAAAUAAUCCGUAAAUACAAAGGACUUCAAGUAGAAAUCUAUACUUUCAAUCAAAGCUGUUUCCCAAGAUUUUCCAAAGAAUCGCUUCUACCAAUUGCUAAAGACUGCAACAUUGAUGGAAAUAUUGAAGCAUGGUACCCACCUGGUCACGGUGAUUUCUACGACAGCUUCAAAAAUUCAGGACUGUUACAGAAGUUCAUUAAUAGCGGCCGAGAUUAUUGUUUUAUUUCUAACAUUGAUAACUUGGGCGCAACUGUCGACCUUAACAUCUUAAAUAUGUUACUAAGUCAAGAUGCAAAUUCUCCGGAAUUUGUAAUGGAAGUAACCAACAAGACGAAAGCCGAUGUCAAGGGUGGUACUUUGAUUCAAUAUGAAAACAAGCUGCGACUUUUGGAAAUUGCCCAAGUGCCCAAAGAGCAUCUUGAAGAGUUCAAAUCGGUGAAAAAGUUUAAGUUUUUCAAUACCAACAACUUAUGGAUCAAACUCGGAGCCAUUGAACAAGUUCUGAACGAAGGAUCGUUAAAUUUAGAAAUCAUAGUCAACAACAAAACUCUAGAUAACAAUGUGAACAUCAUUCAGCUGGAAACCGCCGUAGGAGCCGCGAUGAAAUCAUUCAGUGGAGGACUUGGUAUAAAUGUCCCUCGCAGCCGUUUCUUGCCUGUCAAAAAAACUUCUGAUCUUUUGUUGGUCAUGAGUAACUUGUACCAUAUGCGUAACGGAUCGUUGUCGAUGAGUCCACUACGGAUGUUCCCUACUACUCCGUCGGUGAAGCUCGGAGAUAAAGAUUUUGCCAAAGUCAAAGAUUUCCUGUCUCGUUUCGCUACGAUUCCCGACAUACUGGAGUUAGAUCACCUUACCGUGUCCGGUGAUGUUACGUUUGGUCGCAAUGUUUCGUUAAAAGGAACGGUAAUCAUUAUUGCCAAUCACGGUGACAGAAUAGACAUCCCGUCAAAUGCUACGCUCGAAAACAAAAUUGUGUCUGGAAAUCUUAGAAUAUUGGAUCACUAA